ACACAGCUGGGAGUUACAAGUGAUUUAAAGCCGAGUGGAAUCUCUGAAAAAGGACUUUUUAAAACCACUGCCAAGAUGAAAUUAGAAUUUAAAGACGCAUUUUGGGGGGUGGGCUUUAUCAGCAAUGUGGGAUAUGAGACCAUCAGCCAGAGACUUAAUGAUGGCCGACGGACUUGCAAAGACAUGGAGGAGCUCUUGAAAAUGAGGGCUUCAGCAGAGGAAAAGUAUGGGAAGGAAUUGGUUGCAAUCGCCCGAAAAGCUGGGGGUUUAUAUGAGAUCUGCACUUUGAGAACAUCUUUUGACAUAAUGAAGACACAAAUUGAAAAUGUAGGAAAUUUGCACAUACAGCUUUCUGGACUGCUGAAGGAGGAGCUGAAGAGGAUGGAGCAGUUCAGGGAGCGACAGAAAGAACAGAAAAAAAAGAUUGAGACCGUCAUGGAAAAGGUCCAGAAGGCUAAAAUUUCCCUCUACAAGAAAACAAUCGAAUCUAAAAAAUCCUAUGAUCAGCGCUGUAAAGAGGCAGAUGAGGCAGAGCAAAACGCAGAGAAAUUUGGGAAUGCUCCAACGGCAACUCCAAAACAGACCGAGAAGAUGAACAACAAAUCUAAACAGAGCAGAGAGGCUGCAGAAGAGGCUGAGAAACAGUACCUAUCAAACACUGAACAGCUUGAGAAGACUCGGCAAGAAUGGGAAUCAACACACAUCAGCACAUGUGAGAUGUUCCAGCAACAGGAGGAAGACCGUCUGAGUGUACUAAGGAAUGCUUUGUGGGUGCACUGUAACCAUUUAUCAAUGCAGAGUGUGAAAGACGAUGAGUGUUACGAGGAAGUGAGGACAACACUGGAAAAGUGUGACAUCAUCCAGGACAACAAUUCCUUUGUGGAGAUGAAAAAGACCGGCUCCGCCCCUCCAGCUCCUAUUGAAUAUCAAAGUUACUAUGAGAAGGACAAUGCAGGUGACAGGAAUGGCAGUGCUGGGUUUGUAGGAGGAGUCAUGAAAAGGUUUUCAAAUCUUCUUCAGGGGAACAUUUCCAGUGGCUCCAGGAUGAGUCUCAGUGAUCCAAUUGCACAACCUAAUGAAUCAUCAGAUGGAGUUUAUGCUUCCAUUCCUGGACAUCAGGGCCCCCAGCAACAGAGCACUGAGGAGUACAAGGUUGUGUACGACUACGUGGCACAGGGAGAUGAUGAGCUCUCUGUGUCUAUUGGCGAUGUCGUGGUCGUCACAGAAAGAUGUGAGGACGGCUGGUGGACGGUGAAAAGAAACGGCCUGACAGGAUUGGUUCCAGGCUCCUAUCUUUCAAAAGAAUAAGGAAAGUGUACCUGACAGUGUAAAUGUUGGAAUGCAGAAUUACCACGAAUCUGGUGAAAUAUUGUGUAAAAGCUUUUUAAAUUUUCAAAGUACCUUACAGCUUGAUAUUAACUGUUUUACAUACUACUGUUCAUAAUCACAUUAAAGCCUAUGUGAGUCGAAUCUGAAAA